GCGAAGCAGGGGCAGGGUGCGCGCGCGUGAGAACGUCCGGGGAGCGCGCGCGCCGCCGCCGACGCUGCCGGGCUGAGAGAAGAGUUUGCGGGGUUUGCGGUUGAUGGCUGCGACUGAAGGGCUGGAGGCGGCGUAUGCCGCUGUUCUUGCUGUCGCUCCCGACACCUCCGUCAGCUUCUCGUCAUGAGAGGAGACAGAGCCCUGAAGCAAAGACAUCUGGGUCAGAGAAAAAGUAUUUAAGGGCCAUGCAAGCCAAUCGUAGCCAACUGCACAGUCCUCCAGGAACUGGAAGCAGUGAGGAUGCUUCAACCCCUCAGUGUGUCCACACAAGAUUGACAGGAGAAGGGUCUUGUCUUCAUUCUGGAGAUGUUCAUAUCCAGAUAAACUCUAUACCUAAAGAAUGUGCAGAAAAUACAGGCUCCAGAAAUACAAGGUCAGGUGUCCAUAGCUGUGCCCAUGGAUGCGUACACAGUCGCUUACGGGGUCACUCCCACAGUGAAGCAAGGCUGCCUGAUGAUACUGCCGCAGAAUCUGGAGAUCAUGGUAGUAGCUCCUUCUCAGAAUUCCGCUAUCUCUUCAAGUGGUUGCAAAAAAGUCUUCCAUAUAUUUUGAUUCUGAGUGUCAAACUUGUUAUGCAGCAUAUAACAGGAAUUUCUCUUGGAAUUGGGCUGCUAACAACUUUUAUGUAUGCAAACAAAAGCAUUGUAAAUCAGGUUUUUCUAAGAGAAAGGUCCUCAAAGAUUCAGUGUGCUUGGUUACUGGUAUUCUUAGCAGGAUCUUCUGUUCUUUUAUAUUACACCUUUCAUUCUCAGUCACUUUAUUACAGCUUAAUUUUUUUAAAUCCUACUUUGGACCAUUUGAGCUUCUGGGAAGUACUUUGGAUUGUUGGAAUUACAGACUUCAUUCUGAAAUUCUUUUUCAUGGGCUUAAAAUGCCUUAUUUUAUUGGUGCCUUCUUUCAUCAUGCCUUUUAAAUCUAAGCUUUUGGAAUUUUUUGGGCAUCUGAGAACUUUCAGACAGGUUUUACGAAUAUUUUUUACACAACCAAGUUAUGGAGUGGCUGCCAGCAAGAGACAGUGUUCAGAUGUGGAUGAUAUUUGUUCAAUAUGUCAAGCUGAAUUUCAGAAGCCAGUUCUUCUCAUCUGUCAGCAUGUAUUUUGUGAAGAGUGCAUUACCUUAUGGUUUAACAGAGAGAAAACAUGUCCACUCUGCAGAACUGUGAUUUCAGACCAUAUAAACAAAUGGAAAGAUGGAGCCACUUCAUCACACCUUCAAAUAUAUUAAGUUGUAUUAACUAUUAAGGCCACAAAAUACUAAUGUCAUUUGGUCAUAACUUCUGAUAAGGCAUCAGAAUGAUUUUCAGGGCUGCAAGAAAAAUGUUUCCAGAUGGUUUUAGAAUGUAAGACUUAUGGUGCAAUUCACCAAAAGAUUAAAUGAAAGAACCCUAUUUUAAAAUAUAUAUAAUGUUUAACCUAAUGUGUAUGCAACAUUUAUUCUAUUCUAAUUAUUUGACAGGUAACUGCAGUGUUAAAUUGUAAAUGUGUUUUCUUAAUGUUACCCAAAACAGCAAUUUGAAAUUAGAACUAGUGGAUUUAGAGAACUCAGGUAUUCUUUCCUGAUAUUGUUUUCAGAAUAAAGAAUAUUUUUCAUAAUAUUUUAAGAUACAUACUAUCUAAAAGUAGAAUUUUGUUCAGCAUUGACUUUUAUAAUUCCCAUCCUAAAAAUUAAUAUUUUCAUAAAAUUUGUAUUUUUAAAUGAAAAUUCUAAAUGUUAUAUUUUAUCAGUAACAGAUUUUCUAAGUGAAGAUUAAUUUACUGAGGAUGAUACAUUUUAGUACUGUAUUAUUCUCUGUAGUAAGACUAGUAAUCAGUGAAAAUAAAUGGAUUCAUUUUGUCUGUGGACGUCAUAAAUUCUUCCUGCCAUCAGCUUUAAUGUUCAUGAUCAUGCUUUUUGUAUAGUACCAUGGAGUAUCUUGAAGUAACUAUUAAAAUAAUUCAUGUGGAUUACAAACAGCUGGCUUACUUCAUGAUUUGAAUAGUAUAAAAAACAUGGUGGCUCACACCUGUAAUCCCAACACUUUGGGAGGCAGAGGCAGGAGGACUGCUUGAGCCCAGGAGUUCAAGACCAGCCUGAGCAACAUCCCAUCUCUAUUUAAAAAAAAAAGAAAAAAGUUUCAAGGCAGAUGCCCUAAAAUCUUAGAAGAAUUGCCCUUAUAAUUAGUCUUCUCCAUAAAAGUUUUGGAAUUUUAUGCUUGCAUCACCAUCAAUUGGAAGAUUAAAGCUUGCACUGAGAGGUGGUCA